UCUGCUUUUUGGCCCUACACCCUGCUCAAGGAAUGAACGGCUCAGCCUCCGAACUCUUCCUGGGUCCAUAUGAUAGCACUCCACACUCCCCUCUGGUCCAGAAACACCGCUGUUUGUCAGCCAUAGAAUCAUGCUCAUCUGCAGUUGAAGACUGGGAGACUGUGGAUGUGGAAGAAGAGGAUGACUGCCAAUUCCUGAAUGUGCAGAUGCGCAGGUCAGGUAACUUGAGGAAUUCUGCACAUGCCCAUGACUCCUUCCGAAGGCACAGCUGGGAGCCUGGGAAAGUGCUUGAUGAUCCGGAUUUUGAUCAGCGGAGCAUGAGUUUGAAAGGAUUAGCCUCCGACGAGAUCGACUCCUCCUCUACGGGGCAGAUGGACAGGCAUGCUCAGUGCAGAAAGGACCCCCGCCGAAUUCCCAUCAUCCGGAGCAAUAAUGAGAUGGAGUCUCUUCUCUCCCAGGAUGAAGAGGAUGAUGACCUGGAGGUGGAUCAGGAACAUUCCAAGAGGUUGCAAGUGUAUCGGGCAUCCUCAAAUGCUGUCUGUAUGUCCAAGUCUAUUUCUAUGAGUGGCAUCGACAGCUACCCAGAUGCAGAUGAAAUCUCCCUUUACUCUGAUGCAGUGAGCCUAGCCAAUGGCUUUAGUGCCGGGAGCUGCGGGCGGCUGGACGCCACCACGGGGGAGGCCGAGGACCAGGUGCACCCGCAAAGGGAGGGGACCACCCUGGGGAGGACCCUUAGCUUCUUUAAAAAGAUGACGGGGAAGUCAAAGAACAAAGAGAAAGAAAGGAUGAAGGAGAAAGAAAAAGAUGCCCGCUACACCAAUGGGCACCUCUUCACAUCCAUCACAGUUUCGGGCAUGACCAUGUGUUUCGCGUGUAACAAGAGCAUCACAGCCAAAGAGGCUUUGAGUUGUCCCAACUGCAAUGUCACCAUCCACAACCGCUGCAAGGAUACCUUACCAAAUUGUACCAAAGUCAAGCAGAAGCAGCAAAAGGCAGCUUUGCUCAAGAACAAUACAGCACUGCAGUCGGUGUCCCUGAGGAACAAAACAACCAUUAGGGAGCGCCCCAGUUCUGCCAUUUACCCCUCAGAAAGCUUCCGUCAGACCCUGCUGGGAUCCCGCCGAGGCCGCCCCACUUUGUCCCUUUCCAAAAGCGUCUCCACCACCAAUAUUGCAGGGACUUUCAACGAUGAGUCUCCUUUGGGCAUCAGGAGAAUCCUGUCCCAGUCCACUGAUUCCCUUAACAUGCGCAAUCGAACACUCUCAGUAGAAUCACUCAUUGAUGAAGGAGCCGAAGUCAUCUACAACCAGCUGAUGAGUGAAUUUGAGACAGGCGAGAAGGACUUUGAGGCCGAUUCCUGGAGCCUGGCAGUGGACAAUAACUUCUUGCAGCAGCACAAGAAGGAGGUUAUGAAACGGCAAGAUGUCAUCUAUGAGUUAAUUCAGACAGAGCUUCACCACGUGCAGACGCUGAGGAUCAUGACCAACCUCUUCCGGAAGGGUAUGUUGGAAGACCUCCAGAUAGACCCAACCACGGUGCAGAACAUGUUUCCCUGUGUGGAUGAACUCAGCGAGAUCCAUGACCGCUUCCUCAUGCAGCUCCUAGAGCGCCGCAAGGAGUCGUUGGCCACCAACAGCAACAAGAACUUUGUUAUCAACCGACUAGGAGACAUCCUUGUGCAGCAGUUUUCAGGCCCCAGUGCUGAGCAGAUGAAGAAAGCGUACUCAGAGUUCUGCAGCCGCCACAGCAAGGCAGUGAAGGCUUACAAAGAGCUCUUCACCCGGGACAAGAGAUUCCAGCAGUUCAUUCGAAGGCUGACACGGUUGUCGGUGUUACGGCGUCAUGGUGUGCAAGAGUGCAUCCUUCUGGUCACCCAGCGCAUCACAAAAUACCCUGGACUUAUUGACCGAAUCCUGCAAAACUCUAAAGGUAACGAAGUGGAUCAGCGGGAUCUGAGCACAGCCUUGGCACAGGUCAAAGAAUUACUUUCCACGAUCGACCAAGAGGUGCAUGAUUAUGAGAAGAAUGCUCGGCUGCAGGAGAUCUACUUGCGAGUGGAUGGGCGUGCCAAGGCCGUCCUGCCCUGGGAGCGGGGCUCUUUCUGCAGCGAGGAGCUGCAGCGACGCAAGCUGGUACACGAUGGCUCCAUGCUCUGGAAAACUGCCGCUGGGCGAUUCAAAGAUGUCCUGGUUCUCCUGAUGACUGAUGUUCUCAUCUUCCUGCAGGAGAAGGAUCAGAAAUACACCUUCCCCACUCUGGACAAGCCCGCUGUGAUCUCACUCCAAAACCUGAUUGUCCGAGAUAUCGCCAACCAGGAGAAAGGCAUGUUCCUCAUCAGUGCUGCCCCACCAGAAAUGUAUGAGGUGCACACCGCCUCUCGUGAUGACCGCAACACCUGGAUGAAGCUCAUCCAGCAGACCGUCAAGCUGUGCCCUGACCGGGCCGAUUUUCCACUCAUUGAGACGGAGAACGAAGCCUCUCUGAGGAAGCUGAAAGAUAAGAUUCAGAAGCAGGACCAUGCAAUUGCAGAACUCCUCGAGGAAAAAGUGGGUCUCUUCGCCGACAUCCUGACCCUUCAGAGUGGUGGUGUGGAUGGCCCCCUACCCUGCGUGAACUCCCGCACUCUUUUCCGCACCGAGUCAUCAGAUACCCCCCAUGGUGAGAAGCUGAUCCAGGAGGCCAUCAAAGAAGUGGAGUUUCUGAAGGAUUUGUUCAUGGGACCCAGCUGGGAUCGAGACCAAAACCACACUCAUGAUCCAAAUGGCUGUUCCAGCCCAAACUCCAACAACACCAUAAAUGGGGAGACUGGAAGCAUUAAUGGCUCCCUUGAAUUCAACAGGGUUGAAUCCGAAUCAAACCAACGUGAUGGGAAUGGAAACCAGCUACAACAUAAAGUACCACAGGAGGAGGUGUUGCAACGGCUCAGGUCUCUGUAUUCUCUGCUGCACGGCUUGCAGGCAGCUGUGGCACAUCAGGAUACCCUUCUGGAGCUCCAGUUGCAGGAGGCAGGCGAACGGCGGGAGAGGCUGAUCCGCACCAAUUCACGCAAGGAAGCCCCUACCUCCACAGCAGACAAGCAGGCCACUGACUUCUCAUUGCUGCAGAAGCAACAUGCCCUGUUGCAAGAGGAGCUGAGCCGCUGCCGGCAACUCUGCCAGGAGAAGGCUCAGGAGGCCACGGCUCUGGAGCUGCGGCUGCGGGAGAGCGAGCAGGAGAGAGCUCGGCUGGAGCGGGAGGUGGAGGAGACCCGCAAGCAGGCAGUGACCAUGCGGCAGCCCGGGGCAGUUGUGGAAGCCGUAUGGGCGAGGAAGGGGGCAGAGCCCCGGAGACGCAGCUUACCCGCGGGCGAUGCUCUGUACCAAAGCUUCACUCCACCUCAGCAGAGCCGAGGAGGUGACCCCCUCUCCCCCAGCUGCCUCUCGUUCCAGCGGACCUUUGUCAAUUGCCAGCGGGACGAGAUUGGCUAUCACGGCAUAUCCAGUAGGCUCCAGGACACUGACCAAGACUUGGAGGUGCUGUCGGAGGAGGAAGGUGUAGACAUCCAACAGACUCCUCCUCCUUCCAGCCCGCGAGAUUUCCUGAAGAUGCAGGACAUUCCAGAAGAAGUUGAGAGCAGCCAGGAGCUGAAUGUUGGAGAUAGCGGCCCCUCGUAUAGUUAGAUUUGGGGUUAGAGGGGAUCAUCCGCGUAUCUUCCUAAAGCCAUCGGGCAGGGAUCACCCCCGCCAAAGACCAUCUUGUCGCCAAUCAAAAUGACUCCGUGGAGCUUCAGGGACCUGGAAAGACCACACCAGACUAACUUUGGGUGGGUGGGAGUGGGUUAGUGGAAAACCACGUCCUGAGAGUGGGGGAAGGGACAGGGAACUGAGCCACAGCACCCCCCCCCCAGACCACUUUAUAAUGCCUCAUUGAUGGACGAUGGAUUUGGGGAUCUGUUGUUGUUGUUUUUCUUGUUGUUACCCUGCAGGUUUUCUUCCCAAUUCAGACUGGGAUCACAGAUGCCUAUUGUUGCCUCUUAUAAUCCACCCACCUCCCUGCCCCACUUCCAAGCAGUUUAAUUUAUUUAUUGGGGGGAGGGGGGAGACAGGAGGAAGCUGCCCCCUCCUUGUGAAGGAUGCAUUUAAAUUAUUAUGAUUAUUCUUUGCUUUUCCUUUGGGACCCUGGGAAUACACAGGGCAGAAAAGAACGUCUUAAUUUUCCUGAUAAACCCCUCCCACUUAAACAGAUUAAGGUGGAAAUCUGUGAGCCAAGGUGAGCCAUGUGACUUCGGGUUAUAGAAUUCUUACACUAUACUUGUGCCAACACUAUGGAGCAGAGGCAGAGCCCAGCGUGUUUGAGGGAGGGGUCAAACCCUGUAAGCUGUUCCACUGCUGGUCUGAAUAGUUUAACUGAGGGGUCUGGUCCAGCUUUGAAAUUUUGUAUUCCUUUCGAUGGUCUGCAUAAGACAUUCUGAUACACCUUUGCAGUGAGAGAAAAAUUUGCUACUUGGAAAGCAAUUCACUCCUCUGGGGAGGAACUUUGUUCCCCGUGUAACAGAAGGAGAGCAAUCACAAACCUCCCAAUUUUAACCUCUCUUUAAGAUCAUGCCUACUUUACAGAUUUUUCAGUUGGUUCCGUAACAGUUUAAUGCCGGUUUUUCCCCUUUCAAGGAAAGUUGAGGUCACAAGACUGGUUAUGUUUCAAGAGUGAACUCUCCACAGUUAAAACAGGUUUAAGUCUGGAUUCCAGAGACCAUCAUUCACACCCACCUGACCCUGAAAGUUCCUUUAGCAAUAUAGCGAGAACUCUGAAUUGCCUUUAUAACCCAAAAUCAAAAUGCAUCCGAUGGAGACAAAAUUUGGGAAGGUCCAGGAAUGAAACUUUAAACUCGAGGAGAGUGGUGUGUUACUGCAAGGCAAUGCCAAGCAUCUGCUUUGCAUUGUGGGAUUGCAACUUUUAGUUGGCAUUUCAACCGCCAUGUGCUCUUGGGAUUAGUGAAAUGCAUGGCAAAUGCUUCCCCCUAGUGGGUCGUUGCUGCAAUGACAGCUUCCCAGAGCUUUGACAUCAAGUUGCUAGAAUGACAAGAAACUGGCCAGGAGAAGGGGGUGGUGGAAGUACCUGCAGGACCAUCAGUUGGUGGAAAGAGCAACCGGUGAGCCUCUUUUCCAUGGCUGACAGAACAGCCAAAUAAAAUGUAAAAUGGUGACUGGAAGGCUCCAUCUGGACCUCCUUUGUGAAAAUUGACUAUUUUAAGCCAAGCUUAAAGAUGAGAACUGGAGUAUCUGGGCCAUGGCAGGCAAACGGCCGUUCAGAGUUUUUCUUGGUUCUGUAUUGUUGAUUUUAAAAGAACGUUAGACUGGGAUUUCGGAUUUUUUGAAACGUGGACAACAACUGCCAUGCUCACUCGGGACAUGUCCUGCAUGUGCCUUGUUGAAAUGCGGCGUGGGGGACAGCUCAUCACGUUCAGUGGGCCUUGCACCUGAGAAGGUCCCCUUGGUCCAUUUGUGACGGACCAAUUGCAGGUUAGCUCCAGAGGCCAUUCAUGUUGGGCAAAUGUUUUACCAAGUGUGAGUCUAAUUUGAAAGAUCUUCCCGUUUUAUACCAAUAAAGAAACAAACAAGCCCUCUUCAGCAUGUCUCAUUGCAUGUUUCCUCACAAUUCGGAAUGAGAUGUGUAUAAAUGUGUGGGAAAAGCCCAUUUUGGACAACGGAUGUUUUGAUAUAUAAAAAUGCUGCUCCCACCUCAAAUAAUAUUUUUCUGAUGGAAAUAGAUAUUCAUCUGGGGGGGUGGGAAAUUGGGUAUUUGUUGUUGCUGUUGUUUAUUUUAAGAGCCACGCCUCCCUAAAGAGAGGGACAUUUUUUUUAUUAAAAGUGUAAUUUAAGAAGAGAUCCUGCUGUGCUGAUGAAUAACAUCUCUUAACAGAAAAUGUUAAAGAAGAGAAAGAGAGCUACAAAGAACUCUUUUUUAAAUUAAUGAUCAACACUGAUUUUUAUAUAUAUAUUAUAUAUAUAUAUAUAUAAUGAAGAGGAAAAUGGUUUAUUGUUUUUUGUUGAUUUAACUGUAAAUGGAAAGAAAAAAGUUAAUU